UGGGGCGGGGCUGAGCGGGCUGGGUAGGGCCGGCGCCCGGUGGAGGCACCGGGCGUGUACCCGGUCAGAAGUCAUGUUCGGCAGGUCCGGCUACCGGGCGCUGCCCUUAGGGGAUUUUGAUCGUUUCCAGCAGUCGAGUUUCGGCUUUCUGGGUUCACAGAAGGGGUGCUUGUCCCCAGAACCGGGCGGCGUGGGGCCGGGGGCCGAUGCACCUGAGAGCUGGCCCUCCUGUCUCUGCCACGGCCUCAUCAGUUUCCUGGGGUUCUUGCUGCUGCUGCUUACCUUCCCCAUUUCUGGCUGGUUUGCUCUGAAGAUCGUACCCACCUAUGAGAGGAUGAUCGUGUUUCGACUGGGCCGGAUCCGAACCCCCCAGGGCCCUGGCAUGGUUCUUCUCCUGCCCUUCAUUGACUCCUUCCAGAGAGUGGAUCUGAGGACCCGAGCCUUCAAUGUUCCUCCUUGCAAGUUGGCCUCUAAGGAUGGGGCUGUGUUAUCUGUGGGAGCUGAUGUCCAGUUUCGCAUCUGGGACCCAGUGCUCUCCGUGAUGGCUGUGAAGGACUUAAACACAGCUACUCGAAUGACAGCCCACAACGCCAUGACCAAGGCCCUACUCAGGAGGCCACUGCAGGAGAUCCAGAUGGAGAGGCUCAAGAUCAGUGACCAACUCCUGCUGGAGAUCAAUGAUGUGACAAGAGCUUGGGGCCUGGAGGUAGACCGUGUAGAGCUGGCAGUGGAAGCUGUGCUGCAGCCACCCCAAGACAGCCCAGCUGUGCCCAACCUGGACAGCACCCUCCAGCAGCUGGCCUUCCACUUGCUGGGGGGAAGCCUGAGCUCAGUGGUAGGAGGUGCUCCACCCCCAGGGCCAGUAGACACCUUGGAAAUGAUAAGUGAAGUGGAGCCGCCUGCCUCUCCUGCUGCGGCUAGGGAUGAGCCCAGCUCAAAGCAGCCCGUGGCUGAGGGACUUCUCACUGCCCUGCAGCCCUUCCUGUCAGAGGCACUGGUUAGCCAGGUUGGGGCCUGCUAUCAGUUCAACGUCAUCUUGCCUAGUGGCACCCAGAGUAUCUACUUCCUGGACCUCUCUGCAGGACAAGGCAGAGUGGGACAUGGAGCACCUGAUGGCAUCCCUGAUGUGGUGGUGGAGAUGGCUGAGGCAGACCUGCAGGCCUUGCUGUGCAGGGAGCUGCGGCCCCUGGGGGCCUACAUGAGUGGGCGGCUGAAGGUGAAGGGUGACCUAGCUGUGGUCAUGAAGCUGGAGGCUGUCCUUAGGGCCUUGAAGUAGCAGUGUUGGUUGCCCACCCAUGACCUAACCGUGAACCUGGUGCCAAGUCAGAGAAGCCUCUUGGGCUAGGAGGCAUUGGUCUGGGCUGCAGCAAAUUGAAGCCUGGAGGUGUUUCCGGCCCAACCAGGAGCCCAGAAGGCUGGGAGACAACUGUUGCUGGUCAGUGCUGAGUCAGGUGUCCUACACUUGAACCUGUGGUGGUUCUCUGGAUAGGCCUGUGCUCCCUCGAUCCCCAACAAAGUGCCUCGUCCUGAGCUGCUACGGAGUGAAGACAGACAGAACCCGGCCUGCCCUACCCUGCUGGUAACUUGACCGGAUAGACAAAAGGCACAGAAGCAGCCUGUAUGUCACCCAUGUGAAGGACCAGAGCACAUGGAUCAUGGCUCUGACAUCCAGGGAGAUGAGAGAGUAGGGAAAAGCUGGGAGGGCAGCCCCCCAAGAAGGGGUUGCUGCAGUGGAGCCAGGCUACCCCUCUUUUCUAUUGACAAGCCAGAACAGGCUAGGAGGGGAGGGCAUGGAUAGAGGAGAGUUGUUUCUUGUCCACCAGCUUCAUCGUGCAUGCUUGAGGAGCUGGCUCAGGGCAGCAUGUGGGAGAGCCCUGCUAUUCUGUGCUUACUAGAGGCUUGAGAGCCUCUGACAAAUAAAUGUGGCAUUUACAGUGUGCAUUGGAGACGCACAGCUGGCUGUGGGGCGCGAUGGGGCAUGCAGGGUCUAUAAUGCCCUAUGCCCCGCCAAGAGCCAAGGCUAGAGGGUGACACAGGCUCUCAGAGCAAUUGAAGCUUUUCCUUCUGGGAAGAGCCCUGAACGUCAGGAGGAGGUGACUGUGGGUUGCUCUCCGUCUCUUUUUAUAGUGAGGGAACAGAUUUACCAGGGAAGUAGGGCAUGAGUACAAAUACUAACUUACGGGAGAACAAGAUGAGGGGCUCUUAACCUGUUCAGGUGCGGAGCCGGAGCCACUGUGAGCAACCCUCUUCCUGCUCUCAGACGUGGUUGCUUCCCUGGAUGAUGAGAGAGAUACAGCCUGAGGCUUGGCUGUUGGCUCAUCUGGCUUCUGCUCCACUGGUCGAGCCUCAGCUCACGACUAAGAAGUGAAUGUAACGUUCUGGAGGGGCUUGUAGAGAAAACCAAAUCACACACCAAGCCCACAGCCCUCAGCUUGUCUUCUGCCAGUGCCAGUCUUUUCUCCUGGGCCCUUGUACUGAUACCAGGCCCUACAGUGUGUCCCUCUCUGUCUUUUCUGGUGCUAGAUGCUGUCUUGUAUUGCUAUAGGCUCUCCACCUGGCCUGGGCACUCCCUCAGAGCUAGCGUGGGCCCCACAGACAGUAGGGACCAUCGGAGGCUUCUUCCCUGAGGCUGUGUUCCAAAGCCCCUCUCUAGGCCCUGCUAGCUACUGAGUGCCCCUUAGAGUCUUUCCCUCCUGCCUGAGCUCCAAGAAGGCAGCUAAUGUCACUGUAUGUUUUUUAACUGUUUAGAAUUUAUUUUUAACAAAAUAAAAUACGUUAAGGUAAAACCAA